AUGCCAUUGCCAACCUCCCACUGCUACGCCUGCCGCUGCCUCCUCCCACUCCCCUCCUUCCUCCCCACUCUACUCCACCCGCAGCCGGCCGGCGCCGGGUCAACCGACCAGCCUGCCGACCUGCCGCUCCGGCUCGACUCGGACGAGCUUUCCCUGCCAUUCCCAUGCCGUCCCGUUGCCGGUGCUGGAGGACUGACUGCUAAUUACUUUGCAAUGGAGGGGAGGAGGCGCGGCGGCGGCGGCGGCGCAGGAGUUUGUGCUGGCGCUGGGGCGAUGAGCUUGAAGUGCGCCUUCUCUCUGCUGCUGCUGGUGCUCGCGCUGUGCGGCCGCGGGGCCACCGGGCUGGACGCGGACGGGGAGCUGCUCAUGGCCUUCCGGCGCGCGGUCACCGCCGACCCGCUCGGCGCGCUCCGCGGCUGGAGCUACUCCGACGACUCCGCCUGCGCCUGGAACGGCGUCAUCUGCAACGGCUUCCCGCAGCCCCAACAGGCCUCCACGGUCAACCUCACCUCCGUCUCCGCCGCCGACGGCAGCGGGAGCGGGAACGGCAACUUCAGCACGCUCGCCGGCGGCAGGGCGAACGGCACGCUGCUGGGUCUCAACGCGUCGAUGGCGGCGGCCACGGUGUCGCGGGUCAUCGGCCUCGUCCUCCCCGGCGCGCAGCUCUCCGGGUCGCUCCCCGCCGAGCUGGCCCGCGUCGAGCACCUGCGCCACCUCGACCUCUCCGGGAACGGCCUCAACGGCACCCUCCCCGCCGCGCUGCUGCUCAACGCCACCGAGCUCCGCGUGCUCUCGCUCGCCGGCAACGACCUCUCCGGCGCGCUCCCGGACGCGUCCUACGCGCGCGGGCUCCAGGAGCUCAACCUCUCCGACAACGCGCUCGCCGGCUGGCUCCCUGCUUCGCUCCUCAGGGCGCCUGGGCUCGCCGUGCUGGGGCUAGCGAACAACUACCUCGCCGGCGAGCUCCCCGCCGGCGGGCUCGGCGGGCUGGAGGUCGUGGACCUGAGCAACAACUACUUCAGGGGCGCGCUCCCGGCGGACUUCGGCGGGACGCAGCUCAGGUUCCUGAAUGUCUCGUCCAACAGCCUCACCGGCGCGCUCCCGGCCGACCUGUCCGACGUCGUGCCGGCCAACACGUCGGUGGAUCUGUCCAACAAUAACUUCACCGGCGCGGUCCCGCCGGCCGGGCCCUUCGCCGCGCAGCCGGCGUCGGCGUACGAGGGCAACCCGGGGCUGUGCGGCCCGCCGCUGAAGCACGCGUGUUCCAUCCCGUCGUCGCUCUCCAACCCGCCCAACGCCACCGACUCGCCGCCGGCCUUCGCGGCCAUCCCCAAGAGCGCGGCACGGGCGCCGCCGGGCUCCCCCGAGGCCCAGGCCCCGCGCGGCGGGCAGGGGAAGCUCAAACCUCUGGUGAUCCUCGCCAUCGUGGCCGGCGACCUCGCCGGCGUAGGGCUCCUCUUCAUGCUCUUCAUGUACGUCUACCACAUCAGGAAGAAGCGGCGGCAGCGGCGGGAGGAGAACCCGACGGCGCCGCAGCACAAGGGCAUCGGCGGCGGAGCCAAGGCAUUGAGCGUCGCCGGAGCGAAAGAAGAAAAAACUUCCACGUCGAUUGGAUGCUGCAUUGGUGGCGGCAAGAACGACGGCUCGGACAGCUCCGACUGCUCGGCAUCGUCAUCCGACGCGGCGUCCGACGACGGCGGCGGCGAGGACACCAAGAAAAGAGCCGGGAGCUACAUCGGGUGGGGCACCCCGCAGCACCACAGCAAGAACAAGCACGAGCAGCAGCAGCAGGCGCCGGCGCCGGCGACGCUGGUGACGGUGGACGGCGGCGACGGCGAGCUGGAGAUGGAGACGCUGCUCAAGGCGUCGGCCUACAUCCUGGGCGCCACCGGGUCGAGCAUCGUGUACAAGGCGGUGCUGGCCGACGGCACGGCGCUGGCCGUGCGGCGCAUCGGCGAGAGCGGCGGCGCCGACAAGCUCAAGGACUUCGAGGCGCAGGUCCGCGCCGUCGCCCGGUUCCGGCACCCCAACAUCCUCCGGCUCCGGGGCUUCUACUGGGGCGCCGACGAGAAGCUCCUCAUCCACGACUACGCCGCCAACGGCAGCCUCGCCAACGUCGCCUUCACCCGGCGGUUCGGCGCGGCGUCGCCGAUGCACCUGAACCUGGAGGCGCGGCUGCGGAUUGCGCGCGGGGUGGCGCGGGGGCUGGCAUUCAUCCACGACAAGAAGGGCGUGCACGGCAACGUGAAGCCCAGCAACAUCCUGCUUGGCGCCGACAUGGAGCCGCUGGUGGGCGACCUGGGGCUGGACCGGCUGCUGUCCGGCGAGGCCGCGGCCGGCCGGGGCGGCGGCGGCGGCGCGUCGGCGCGGCUGUUCGGGAGCAAGCGCUCCAUGCACUCCACCAGCAGCCUGCCGGACCUCUCCCAGAUGCCCGGCGGCGCGGGCCCGGGGGCCAGCCCGGCGGCGUCGGCACCGCCGCCGUACCAGGCGCCCGAGUGCCUCAAGAGCCUGCGGCCCAACGCCAAGUGGGACGUCUACUCCUUCGGCAUGGUGCUCCUGGAGCUGCUCUCGGGCCGCGUCUACUCGGAGGUGGAGCUCUGCCAGUGGCACGCCGGCGCCGUCGACGUGCAGCGCGGCCGCGUGCUGCGGAUGGCCGACCCCACGCUCCGCGGCGAGGCCGCCGACGCCGGCGGCGAGGACGCGCUGCUCGGCUGCUUCCGGCUCGCCUUCGCCUGCUGCGCCAUGGCGCCCGGCAAGCGGCCCGCCAUGCGCGACGCCGCCGCGCUCCUCGACAGAAUACAACCCACGCCCUCCUCCGCCUCCUCCGCCAUUGAAACUCCUCCUUACUGA